CCUCUCAAGACAGAGGAGAAAGAGAAGGCAGCGCAGCAGCUUCUUUCCUUCUUCUCUGCUCUUAUUUCAUUAGAAAACCUAGUUUUCAUUUUUCUCAGAGCUUGCAGUCAUGGCAGCGAAGAGCGGCUUAUCCCAGAAGGAGGCGGAUAUACAGAUGAUGCUGGCUGCCGAUGUUCAUCUCGGCACUAAGAACUGCGAUUUCCAAAUGGAAAGAUACGUCUUCAAGAGAAGGACCGACGGUAUUUAUAUCAUUAAUCUUGGCAAGACAUGGGAGAAACUGCAACUUGCUGCAAGGGUUAUUGUUGCCAUUGAAAACCCUCAAGACAUCAUUGUCCAAUCUGCUAGGCCUUAUGGUCAGCGAGCUGUUUUGAAAUUUGCACAGUACACUGGAGCUCAUCCAAUUGCAGGGCGGCACACUCCAGGAACCUUCACAAAUCAGCUCCAAACUUCAUUCAACGAGCCUCGUCUCCUCAUUCUUACUGACCCUAGAACAGAUCAUCAGCCAAUCAAGGAGGCUGCUCUCGGAAACAUCCCGACAAUUGCUUUCUGUGAUACUGAUUCACCGAUGCGGUAUGUGGAUAUUGGCAUUCCUGCCAACAACAAAGGGAAGCACAGCAUCGGCUGUCUGUUUUGGUUGCUAGCACGUAUGGUUCUGCAGAUGCGAGGCACUAUUCUUCCUGGACAUAAGUGGGAAGUGAUGGUUGACUUGUUCUUCUACCGGGAUCCAGAGGAAGCCAAGGAGCAGGAAGAAGAGGAAGUUGCUGCAGCCCCUGACUUUGGAGCUAUAGAUUAUCCUACAGCAGCACUUGGUCUUCAAGGGGAUGAGUGGCCAGCUCAGAGCGCUGAUGCUCAGUUGAGCGGGGCUGUUGCUGUUGUUCCUCCUAUUACUUCGAUUCCUGCAGCCGACUGGAAUGGAGCUCCAGCCGUUCCUGUAUCAGCUGAUGGAUGGGAUGCAGCUGCUGCUCCUGCACCAAUUGCUGCCCCUGGGCUGGUUCUUGCUCCUCAACCUGCAGCCCCAAGUUGGGAAUAAACUCUCAUGGAUCAAUCAACAAGCAUCUCUCUUGUGAGAAGGUAAAAUGCUUCUCCGGUUUCUUCUGGAUCAGUUUUGUAGGUUAGAGUAUUAUGUUGGGCUAUCAAAUGGUUUUUGCCAUUUAGGAAUUAUUAAAGACUAAGUGAUUAAUGAUGUCUUUUAAUUAAGAUUUGUUUCUUGGGAGAUCUGUUGAUCACCCUUUUAUUUUGACAAAACAUUCUUUUUUUUUAAAUGAUAAUACAAUUUAUUUUAUUUUGGGUUA